CACCUCCUCCUUUACCUCCUCCUCCUCCCCGGGUUUGAGUCCGGAGCUCCGGGGAGCAGAGCCAUGAAAGUGACGGUGUGCUUCGGCCGGACCCGGGUGGUGGUGCCGUGCGGAGCCGGGGACAUCCCGGUGCUCACCGUCAUCCAGCAGGCGGCCAUGCGGUACAAGAAGGCCAUCGCCAAGGACGCCAGUUACUGGCUGCAGGUCCACCGGCUGGAACACGGGGACGGAGGAAUCCUGGACCUGGACGAUGUUCUCUGCGAUGUGGCCGACGACAAAGACCGGUUGAUCGCGGUGUACGACGAGCAGGAGCCUCAUCAUGGAGGUGACGGCACCAGCGCCAGCUCCACCGGGACCCAGAGCCCGGACCUGUUCGCCGCGGACCUCAGUGCCGGCAGCGGGGCGUCGGCCUUCCAGCCGUACCAGGCGGCCAGCGAGAUCGAGGUCACGCCCUCCGCCCUGCGCACAAACAUGCCGCUCCACGUCCGGCGCAGCAGCGACCCGGCCCUGCUGACCAUCAACGGGCCGUUCGGCGCCGCCGGCGAGUUACGGGUCCAAGCGGAAGACCCGCCCUCGAGGAAGAACCCGACCCGCUGGUCCACCACCGCUGGCUUCCUGAAAGUCCGACACGCUUCCGGCACCAACAGCCUGGAGAGGAAGGAUAAAGUCACGGACACGUAUCGCAGUCUGCCGCGGGACGCCGGGACGUGGGCCAAUCAGAGGGAGUUCCAGAGGGAGACGGCCCGGUCGUCGCUCAGCGCCAAUCAUCCCAUGGUGGACCGCUGGCUAGAGAGACAAGAGCAGGACGAGGACGCCAGAGAAGAAGAGAACGGACGCAUCGACCCGGUUGGACGAGCCGACUCCUGCAUGGACCACCCCCCCGUGAGGUCACUCGAAGACAUAAUCAAACUGGUGGAGGUGUCAAACGACGGUGGGCCCCUGGGGAUCCACGUGGUGCCUUUCAGUGGCCGGGACCGCAGGACUCUUGGCUUGUUGGUCAAGCGUCUGGAGCGGGGGGGCAAGGCCGAGGAGCAGGCUCUCUUCCAGGAGAACGACUGUAUCGUCCGAAUCAAUAACGGAGAUCUGAGAAACAUCCGCUUUGAACAAGCUCAGAACAUGUUCCGCCAGGCCAUGCGUUCUCCGCUCAUCAUGUUCCACGUGGUUCCGUCGUCCAUGAAGACCCACUACGAGCAGAUGUCCCACAGCGACAGGAACCCGGCGUUCUCCUCGGGUCGCUUCAGCCCCGACUCGGUGAGCGGCAGCACCGGGUCCGGCGCCGACCCCACGCCGCAGAGGAUGUCCCGACACGGCUCCCAAACGCAACCGCACUCCCAUCCGCACCCGCACCCGGAACAGAACGACGGGUACCCGCCGCUCACGCACCCGGCGGUGUCAGCGGCCAAGCCUCCGACAGGCCACACCCACUCGCCUCAGCGAGGGCUGAACGCCACGCCGACGGGAGGGUACGCCAAAAAGGUCGGGAGGAGGCUCAACAUCCAGCUGAAGAAAGGUCCUGAGGGACUCGGCUUCAGCAUCACGUCCCGGGACGUCCCCAUCGGCGGCUCGGCGCCAAUCUACGUGAAGAACAUCCUGCCUCGGGGGGCUGCCAUCCAAGAUGGCCGCCUCAAGGCAGGAGACAGGCUGCUGGAGGUGAAUGGCGUGGACCUAAAUGGGCGCACCCAGGAGGAGGUGGUCUCCCUCCUCAGGGCCACGCCCAUGGGAGGGGCCGUCGGACUCCUGAUCCUCCGACAGGAAGACACCUUCCUCCCCCGGGAAGUGAACGCCGAGCCCCAGAUGCAAAGCCCCAGAGAUUCGCAACCCAGGCAGCCGGUGAUAGCCGGGAAACCCCAUUGGCUGAUUGAGAAGACGGAGGAGGACGAACUGGUCCUGACUCCAGAUGGAACCAGGGAGUUCCUGACCUUCGAGAUCCCGCUCAGCGACUCGGGCUCGGCGGGUCUGGGCGUCAGCGUCAAAGGGAACCGCUCCAAGGAGAACCACGCCGACCUGGGCAUCUUCGUCAAAUCCAUCAUCAACGGAGGGGCCGCCUGUAAGGACGGGCGGCUUCGAGUGAACGACCAGUUGAUCGCUGUGAACAGUGAGUCGCUGCUCGCCAAAACCAACCAGGACGCCAUGGAGACGCUGCGCAAGUCCAUGUCCACGGAGGGAAACAAGCGAGGGAUGAUCCAGCUCAUCGUGGCCCGACGCGUGGCCAAGAGGAACGAGGAGAAUCCAGGCAGCCCGUUAGGAUCCCAGCAGACCAUGAACACCUCGCUGGACGAGCACGAGCGCCGGAUCUCCCACUCGCUGUACGGUGGCCUGGAAGGUCUCGAUGACAACCUGAUGCCACGGCAAGGAAUGAUGCCGCGCACGAUAGGUAACUACCAGCUCUCCCCGACGGUCAACAUGCCUCAGAACGACACGGUGAUCAUCGAGGACGACCGGCCGCCGCUGCUCCCGCCGAACCUCUCCGACCAGUCGUCAUCCAGUUCCCAUGACGACGUGGGCUUCACCGCCGACACCACGCCUCCGUGGGCCAAAGCUCCGCCAGCUCAGAACGACAGCUCCGUGAUUCCAGAUGAAGAUAAUCCAGCGUUCCAGAGAGAAGGCUUCGGACGCCAGAGCAUGUCGGAGAAACGCACCAAACAGUUUGGAGACGCCGGGCAGCUGGACAUCAUCAAAACACGCAAGUCCAAGAGCAUGGAUCUAGUAGCCGAUGAGAUUAACCUCACUCCUCGUCCCGACAUCUACGCAGGCUCCACACGGGAUGUGGGCCCGUCGCUCGGCCUCAAGAAGUCCAGCUCUCUCGAGAGCCUGCAGACGGCCGUUGCCGAGGUAACGCUCAACGGCGACCUCCCCUUCCACAGGCCGCGCCCCCGUAUCAUCCGGGGGCGUGGCUGCAACGAGAGCUUCAGGGCCGCCAUCGACAAGUCGUACGACCGACCGGCGCCGGCGGAGGAGGACGACGAGGGCAUGGAGACGCUGGACGAGGACACGGAGGAGAGUUCCCGCUCCGGUCGGGACUCCGUGUCCACCAUGGCCGACCAGACGCCGCUCUCCGGCUCGGAGAAGCCGCUGGUCAACGGCACCAACCGCACCAGGGAGGAGAAGAAGAAGGACAAGGAGAAGGGAGGCAAGGAGAAGAAGAAGCAGCAGGAGGGAGGGAAGGAGAAGGACAGAGGAGACAGAGGAGACAGAGGAGACCGAGGAGACAAGGGAAAAGCCAAGAAGGGCAUGCUGAAGGGACUCGGAGAAAUGUUCAGGUUCGGGAAGCACAGGAAGGACGAGCGUCCGGGGGAGAAGCUGGAUCGUAAAGGCUCCAGCAAGUGGAGGUCGGAGGAGACGCAGGUUUCUGAGGAGGAGACGCUGAAGAUGAGGAUGGAGCAGGAGAGGAUCCAGGCGAAGACGCGGGAGCUGAGGGAACGCCAGGCCCGGGAACGGGACUACGCCGAGAUCCUGGACGUGAGCCGCACGUCGGAGGAGGAGCACACGUACGCCGGCAUCAACCCGCUGAACAGCUCGGUGGACUCGGGCCACAGCCGACCGCACAGCCCCCGGGACGACUACCAGCACAUCCACCAGCACCAGCACCAGCACUCGGAUUCCCUCUACACCCAAGUCAGCAAGGCCCGAACCGACCGGCCUCCUUCUGCAGACAGUAGCCGGUUAGCCCCCAGCAACCACGACCGGAUACAGCGGCUGCGUCAGGAGUUCCAGGAGGCGCAGGGCGGCCCGGAGGACCCGGAGGAGGACCGGAGGAGGACCUACAGCUUCGAGCAGCAGUGGUCGAACACCAGCGGCAGCAGCAACGGCCCGGGGGGGCACAGCACCCAGCCGGGGGGGUACAGCACCCAGUCGGGGGGGUACAGCAGCCAGCCGGGGCGCCACUCGGUGUCGGUCGAGGUUCAGAUGCAGCGGCAGAGGCAGGAGGAGAGAGACUCGUUCGCCCAGGCACAGCGGCAGUACAGCUCCCUUCCAAGGCAGCCCAGGAAGAACCCCAGCCUCAUCUCCCAGGACUCGUGGGACAAGGCCUACCCCCCCGGAGAGGGCUUCCAGUCGGCCAAGGACAACCCCCGGUACUCCAGCUACCAGGGCUCCAGGAACGGCUACCCGAGCGGCGUGGGCGUGAACGCCAGAGUCCUCCUGGAGGCGCAGGAGCUGCUGAGGCAGGAGCAGCGGCGCCGGGAGCAGGAGGCCAAAGGGAAACUGAUGCUGGAGACCACCGGGACCGGGAACUACGACCGGUACUCCACCGCUCGCCUGAAGGACCCGGCGUCGCCCAAAGGUCCCUACCGCCACGACGUGCCACCUUCACCCUCACAGCUGGCGAGGCUGAACAGAUUGGGGUCGGAGAAAGGACGGCUUUUUUAUUCAUGAGGACUCUCGUUGGACUAAUGGACUAAAGAGCCGGGCGGAGAACUUUCGGACUCAGGAGCUGAAGAGGAUCACGAAGAAGAAGAACCUGGAGACGUGGACGCUUCGAAUCCUGAGAAAGGACAAACUCCAGGUCUCAGCUCGGCGAUGAUCUCAGAGGUAAACGUCUGUGAAGCGAGCGCCGUCUGUGGGCGUGUGUGUUCGAUCCCUUGCUGUGCCGAUGACCUUAUAACCAGUAGCCACGCCCCCCCGACAGACUGGAGACACGCCCAGUGCCUUCUCUGCGUUCACAGACACACGAUGCUCGUCCAGGACUCGAUCUGGAGCCGUCACGUUCUGACAAUCAAACGGGCGAGUGAGAGGUGGUUCCUCUCAGGUACAUGUGUCCCCCUCCAGUGCAGGUU